AUGGCAGCGACCGACGGCCCCAAGCUGCUCUGGAAUCCAGACAACGUCAGAGAUGUUGCCGAUGCGAUAGGAAUAUUGCUUUCUGACGAACCGCUGCGGGUGCUCGCUCAGGAUGUCGAGUACCGCAUCGGCCAGGUCAUUGUCGAGGCCCUGCGCUUCAUGCGUGCCGCCAAUCGCACCACCCUGACCGUCCAAGACGUGUCCCAAGCACUCAGGGUGCUCGACGUGGAGCCUUUGUACGGCUACGAGUCGACGCGACCCCUGCGGUACGGUGAAGCCAGCCUCGGCCCUGGCCAGCCGCUUUUCUACAUCGAUGACGAGGAAGUCGAAUUUGAGAAGGUCAUCAACGCGCCGCUGCCAAAGGUGCCGCGGGAUAUGAGUUUCACCGCACAUUGGCUUGCCGUCGAGGGCGUCCAGCCGUCCAUCCCCCAGAACCCCACGACCGCCGAGACUUCAUCAAAAGACCUCUUGCCCAAGGGGCCCGGCGCGAACCCUGCUCUAGCAGCUCUCGCAGGCAACGACAAUGUCUCGUUCCGGCCGUCAGUCAAACAUGUAAUAAGCAAGGAACUGAUCCUCUACUUCGACAAGAUCCAAGCGGCUAUCCUCGACGACGACCCCGAUGAGGAGAAGACCAGACUCCGCGAAGCAGCUUUGGAAUCCGUACGCUCCGACCCAGGCCUUCACCAGCUCCUCCCCUAUUUUGUCAACUUCAUCACCAACCAAGUAACACACCAUCUCGACGACCUGUUCGUCCUCCGACAAAUGAUGGAGCUCGCCGAGGCCGUCAUCCAGAACCCCAACCUCUUUCUCGACCCGUACGCCAGUGCCCUCUCAGCGCCCGUACUCACCUGUCUCAUGUCGCGCAAGCUCGGCAGCGCCGCGCCCGACGGAAGCAGCGACACGCUGCGCGAGCAGUACCGCCUGCGCGAGCUCGCCGGCAGCCUGCUCGAGAUGAUUGCGCGCAAGUACGGCGCCACCAACGCGCUGUUGCGGCCCAAGCUGACGCGCACCUGCCUGAAGCACUUUCUGGACCCGACGCGCUCGGCCGCCGUGCUGUACGGCGCGAUUUCCGGCGUGGCGGCGGCCGGCGGGCCCGAGGCCGUGCGGGUCCUGGUACUUCCUAACAUGAAGAGCUUUGACGCGGCAGUCCUGCAGCCGAUGCACGAGAAGGGCGAGGCGCAUGCAGUCGAGUACGAGAUGCUCGUGGGUGGCAUCAUGAAGGCAGUUGAGAGUCUGGCGGGAGGGACAGGCAUUCCGGUGACCAAUGGCGUGAACAGUACCGACCUGACAAGGGAGGCGGAGCAGGUUACAGAGUUUCUAGGGCCGAUUAUCGGGCAGAGGGUUGCACGGCUAGGGAAUCAUGCGCUGAAUCGGGCUAUCUUGGAGGUGCGGCACUUGGAGUAA